UCUAAAGGCACCCUUGUAGUUUCUGCAAAAUUAUGAUGUCGACAUGUAUUGUGCGUAUCUUGACAAUAAAUGUCACAAGGCAGCUCCAUAAUUUUUGUAUAUCAAUCUCAUAAAUUGAUAUUAUGAAUCUCUAGGUGCGAUACUGUAAAUGCAAUUUGGAAAAAGGUUGUUAAUUAAUAGCGACGAAAUUUAUGCGAUAUUUCAUGAAUGUAUUACUUUUUGUACAUGUAUAUACCUGAUAAUAUCGAAACUUGAGAAUGUUUUAUUCAUAUAGUAGAAAUGUCUGUGAGUUUCCGAGCAGAAUUUGUCCGCUUUUGUUUCUGUGAUUUAUUUAUUUAAUGACGCAUGGAUUUGAUUGAACAUUAUCAACCUCCGCCAGCCGUGCGUGCCACGUUAACUAUAAAAUUCAUGUCAACGCUCGCUCUCGUUGCCCGAUCAAUAUCCGUUGUGAAGCAGUUUUCUCGCGCGUGCCCGCCGUUGUUUCGUUAAACAAAUAAUUCGCGAAAAAAAUCAAGCACGACGAACAGUUCUCGACGUCGAAGCUACGCAUGAAACCAUCGAUUGCGAAGAAGAUAAAAUCGAUCUGAUUAUCGCGCACAGCCGAAGAAUUAAUUUCUAAUUUCGGGGAUAGAUACGCCGGCCUUCGUCAGAAGAUCAAUAAGGAAAUAUCAAGAAGAACAACGUACUCUAAGCCGGAACCGAGUCCUUAAAUGUGAACAUGAAAAGCAGAAGUCUCGGAUUAUGCAAUUCGCAAAAGAAGUUCCACAAUUGGAUUUACAGAGAAGAAUGUAACAGCUAUUCAAAGAAUCUGAAAACAGCGCUAAUUUUUUUGCUUUGUUUUAAUACAAAUUUCACGUCGAAAAUUUAGCUAUCGUUCUCGUAGAACUCGAACAUGCUAUAGCAUGUUCAUGUUUGUCUCUAUAGAGACAAAGGAAUACUCAGCUGAUUCCCUUCGCAGCCGGCUGAGCGCUCAAUUCGGCACAAGAUGAAUUCGAACCCGAGGCUCCUCCGAGCUUAUCCGGAACGUAUCCCGGGUUCCUAUUGCUUCCGGAGGAGUGAGUCGCGGAAACAAAGAGCCUCGGAGCGUGUUGGCGAACUCACAGCGGAGUUCCGUUUAAAGCACGAUCGUGCACGCAUCCCAAGCACAGCGCGUGCUCGCGCAGCAUCAGCGAGCAUCUCAUUUCCAGCAUUCCAGAGUCGAUUCCAGUGACUGUCUCCUCUGGUAUAAUCCGGCACGAUAAUCGAACAGCGAAGACGAUCGUCGAAGGAACCGCUGGUCUGAAAAGCUGCCACGUUUACAGAGUCCCCCACCCUCACGAGAUCAUUUAAUCAGACGCGAUCAAUGAAUCGACGUGGAAUGCUCGGUGUCUCGGAGAACUAUAACGAGCGAGCUCCAUCAAGCAAAUUGCCUUCGUCCCUAUCUCAUUUUCAUUAUCCCAUGGAUCAAUCCACCGAUUUCUCAUCUCCCGGUCAUCUAAUCGGACGCAAUCACGGAGUAACAAGGAACUGUCGGUGAACCAAGAGCCGCUUCGAACACGCUCCUUUCAUCCACGUAAUCUUCAUCAUCACGGAAGUCACUCCAACAUUCGACUCCCAUCGGGAUCCCUUAAAAAGUCACGAAUGACCCGGACAUGACAAAGGACAUUCGAGGAGCUCCCGAAAGUCGUAGUCCAGUAGACCGGAAGUGGAGCCGAGGAGAUUCCGGAGAAGGGUUGUGCCGCGGGGUCGUCGGUCGAUUCUAGGCACGUCGGUCGUCUAGGAAUGUUCGACGGGAAAUUUCCAUCCCGGUGGUUCGAUCGGGCCGAAACGUGUACGGCUCGGGGCCCCGGCGUCGUUCCGGCACGAGUCUGCCCGGCGUAAAGGCCACGGGAGGAGCCGACGAGUGUCGGAGACGGCCGAGGCAUCGUUGCGCCGAGCCGCGAGCUACCCUCGGCAGCAGCUCGCGGCUGGCUAUGGCUAUUGACCGAGCUUGGCGGACCGGCCGGUCAGCUGUGCGCCUCGCCGGCGGUGUGGUAUUCUGCUGCGCGGCUAGGAAGGAGCCGUCCACGUAGACGAGGCGGUGUCGUCCAGGCCGGCGAGGAUCAGCCGGGCACGGCACAAAGACGACGGAGCAUCCCGGAGGAGAGGACGAGCGAACGUGCGCGCGUUUUCACCGUCCACUGCCGGAUCGAAGGAGAGCGGCGAGUGAUCCUGCAGAAGAGGAGAAUCCAGUAGCGACCGGUGGCGUUUGCGGGGACUGUGGACGAUCGGUCGUCGACAACGGGCUGCCCUGGGCACGGAAUAUAUUCCCGCGAGUGGAAUUGGGGAGAUGGAUAGGUAGAGAGAGAGAGAGCAGAGAGAGGAGAGAGAAGAGAGACGGAUUGAGUGGAAUACUGCUCCCUGGUCCCGUCAUCGUUCGUUGGUGGAUCGGUCCGGGUGAAAGCCCAAAAGCGUGCGAUCCGCUCGCUACACGCGCCGUGAAAGAUAAAGACGGUCGGAGUAGGAGUGUGUGCCAGACGGAGUGGGAGUCAAAGUGAGCUAGAGAAAAAGAGAGAGAAAGAGCGAGAGAGAGAGGUUCGGGAGAGAAAAGAGAGAAAUAGAGAGGAGGAGGCAGGGACUUGUGGCCACGGGCAACAUUUAGAGACCCGACCGGCUGUGCAUGGCCAGCGCGGAGACGAUCGCGCGAGAGAGAACCAACCAGAGAGCGACAACGGGAGAUCUAGAGAAGGACGACGAGAGAAGAUCGGUGCAAAAGACGGCAGAGAGAGAGAGAGAGAACGAUUGAGUGUGGGAGAGAGAGUGAAACAAAGAGAGAGAGGGCACACAUAGGCAGAUAGAUAGGUGUCGUAUACGUACAUGUGGGGAGAGUGACGUGUGUGCCGUCGCAACGUGUGGAGGUGUGUGCGCGUGGUGCAGCACACAAGCAGCCGCCUGUGCAAAAAGUGCAGUGUGCCCAGCGGACUUUUCCACAGCGGAGGAGAGCUGCGUGCGUACGCGCGUACGUCCGUGCGUGCGUGCGUGCGUCCGUUCCGUCCAUCCGACCGACCGUCCGUCCGUCUGUCCAUCCGUCCGUACGUACGUACGGGACGACCGAUCGUCCGUCCGAUCGACCGACCGACCGACCGACCGAUCGACCGUGGGUGUAUGCGUGCCCCUCUGUUUGCGUGCGACAGUGCGUGCGCCGCCUUCGCCGGCGAGAUUUCGGCUGAGUAUCUGUGCGGUCGCGGAACCGAGGACGACACGCCGGAGACCGAGCCCGAUCGACCGAUCGGCUCGCUCCCUCUCUCUCCUCCUGAGAUCCUUCAUUGCGUUGACUCUGGGUUCUACGGGUGGAAAAACGGAUAAAAGCAGCCGGCGCGCACCACUACCGGAGGGUAGCCGAGUUGGUUUCUCAGAGUGCGCGAAUCUGUCUCUCUUUCUUUCUUUCUCUCUUUCAAGUGCGAAGAAAAGAAGAGAGAUAGAUAGAUAAAAAGGAAAAAGGAGAAAGAGAGUGUAAUCAUCCUCCAAAAAGGGAGUCGUGGACGCCGCGGCGCCGACGUCGACAAGAGAACAUACCUACCUACGUGGACGGCUUUACCGGGUUGGAAGCGGCCGCGACUCGUCGGCAGAGCGAAGAGGAGGUAAUAGAAUCGUCCGUCACUGAGGUCUACCUUGCCGGCCGAGAGAGAGAGGGAAUCAGGCGGAAGGAGAGAGAUAGAGGAAACGAGCGAGAAAGAAAGAGAGAGAGAGAGGGCAAGUGAGCGAGCAAGCCUGGUACAACACGGGCUCCGACUUGGUUGGUCGUCGUCGCUGACUCGCGGUCGGUAAAGCGUCGAGACGACGACGGCGGUGAUCCAGCGAGAGACACGGGUGUCCCCGAACGAGUUGGCGGCGGCUGGCAGUCGCGGCCUUCUGGUGGACGUGAUAAGGACGAGCAGCGGCGCGAUCCGUCUGGCGAACGAGAAGUGGUCGGUCGCGCGAGACGAGAGAAGCUGCAAGAGGAAGAAGAGAAAGAGAGAAGAACCGAUCAGCGAAAGCCGGCGAGGAGCAUACGUCAGGAUCUCGAACGUUGGGCCGCGUUUGAUACUAUGCUGCCGUGAUCGUGUCAGUGUCUAAAGGAUCGGGAGAAAUUCGGGAGACUGGGAGAACGACAAAUGAAGGAAAGGAAAUCCACGAAGACAGCCACGGAGGGAUACAUUCACGAUCGAGCGAGUCCUUGAUCGACGAUCCGGAGUAACGCGAGCUUAAUCACGGCCGAUGGCGCGCAGGGGACAGGAAGGAACCAAAAGGAAGAAAGGAAGCAGCGAAGUGUGUCCUUGAUGGGCCAUCCGGUGCUACAUGAUCGCGACCGACAUUGGCUCGACUCCGACACAUCGGGGGAGAUUAGAGGCGACCCACGUUUUCAGCUCGCUCCAUUCGGCGGACGAGGCGACGAGGCAACGAAGGAACGAAAGAGAGCGGCGGAGAGAGAGGAAGAGGAUCUACUGAUCUGCGCGAACCCAGGCAGAUAAGCGGUUCUCGUCUCGAGUUGACGAGGCUGUCGCGGACUCGACACGGACAUACGGGAGCCGGUUGUUUCGACGCUAUUAGUGCUCGAUGAUGACUUCAAUUAUCCGCGAGUGAUUUCAUCGCACGUUCGCGCGAUUCUCUCCGAUCCGGUCGUUAUGAUACCAACCGUGUUGGUGUGUGCUGGUGCCGCCGGUCUCUUUUAGCGGAAACGAGACUGCCGACUUCCACGUAUACGCUACAGGAACACCCGGCAGAUCGGUCGAAUUCCCGAAGCGAGAAACUGGAACAGCGAGUGAUCAACGUGACGUCCUGGGAAAUCGGCUCAGGGAUACAUGAUCGAGCGAGCUGUGUAGGUCCAUCCGGAGCUUCUGGAAGUCUAAUCCAUUAUUAUUAAUUGCUGCGGCGGGUAAUCCCGGCGACGUCCUCGGCGACGGGGAUUAAUUCGUCCUGAACGACUCCCCGAGAAAUCCCGGACGUUUGGCCAUUCCCGCGGCUGCACCCGGGAUUACGCUUCCCGAUCGUGCUCGAUAAGCCACGCGGAUCUUCCGCUACGAGCGCGUUCGCUCGCUCGUUCGCGCGCGCGAGGGCUACGCUAGAAAAUCGCUCGGUGUCGUUGCUUGACGAAAACCGGUUUCGUUCGGCUCGGCGAAUCUCGGCGCUUAUACAAAGGUCGUGUGUGAGAGCGCGCCGCGCGCGCGACUGCGAGAGAGUGGUAGGAGUGAGAUUUAUGGAAAACGAAUUUACACGAGGUCACACCCACGGGAGCGGCUGUCUGUCUCUCUCCCAUUUUCUGUCCCCUCGUCUUUCUCUCUCCCAUCCGUUUCGUCACAGCUCACAUUCUCUCUUCCUCCCGCCCUGUUUGUCCAUCAGCCCAUCCGCAUGUUCCCUCUGUUAAUAAUGACUGCGAAGCCGGCACGAUAACGGGGCGAGAAUCGCCCGAUCACGUUGGGAUUCACGAAGGCUCGAGAUCACGAUCACGGGAGAGCGCGCGGAUGUCAACUCCGAUAUCGAGCAGUCGAAUAAAUAUAAUGGCCCACUUGCGACGACCUUGAGGAACCUCGCCGGACACAUCAUCCGCGCGCCAGUCGCCGCGCGGAUGAUCAAACCGAACGGAAACAGCGGUUUCGUCGAGUGUCACUGACAACCACCAGGAAGAUUCUCCUCAGGAGGACUCAUCAUGCAAGCGAUCUCGAUUGCGCGAUUGCCCGUGACGUUUGAGUGCCGUGAAGGACCGUGCGCAUAACUACUGCGAGGGUAGAAGGUCUCGAGGACUUUGAAGGAUGUCGGGGGACCUGGGUGGGUCACGGGGGGAGCAAGACUCGUCGCCCGAGUCGGGCAGCAACACGUCAGCCUUAAGAACGUCAGCGUCGUCAAAGAAAACUUAGCCGUCACGCGGGCGCCUUUUAACUUGAUGAACCGCCGCGAUGAAACGUGCGACGAGCGCAUCCGUUGCGGCCGCCACGGCCGCCGCGACGCAGGUGCACCACCAAGCCAGGAUCCAGGAGUUGUUCGCUUCUGGCCCGACGGCGGCGAUGAUGACGACGGCGGCGGCGAUGAUGACGACGGCGACGACGACAACGACGGCGACACCGACGAUUGUGAGUGCGACAACGGUGAACGGCAGCGGAUGCUGCGCCGACGAGCAAAUCACGACGAUAACGUCCCCCUGGCUGGAGCCGAAGGGCUCGCCAAAGAUGGCCAGUCCCGGAGCGAGCGAUAACGGUGAGGUCCACAACAAGGUGAAGUCCACGGCGAUGUCGCGAUUACUGGCCGUCGAUUCCGACAAUUACAUGCUGCGCAAGGGCACUGCCACGACGGGAACAACGACGGCACCGUCGUCCACGAUCACUUCGUCAUCGUCGUCGUUGUCGUCGUCGUCGUCGUCAUUGACCAGCACGUCGGGCGUACAGCUGCAGCGGCAGAUGCAAAGCCUCACCAUCGGAUCCACCACUGGCACGUCGCCGGCCAUCCUCGCGACGUACGGCAACGGCGGCGACCACGUCGUCGGUCAGCUGUACGAUGUCGCACGGGCGACGUCCAGAUCGGCGGCGACAUACGUGUCGCCCAGGUGGUAUGCCGCCGGUAAUAAUAAUAACCAGACGAGGCAGCAUUGGGAGGGAGUAGCGGUAGCGACGGCAGCGACGACAGCAGCGACAGCGACGUAUCAGGAUGAACAGUCGUUGCAGCAGCAACAGCAACAGCAGUUGCAGCUGCAACCGCGCGCAGUAACGACGACGACGACGACGACGUGCGGCGACGCGACGACGCCAGCGGCGUCAGCGGCGUCAGCGAACGGCGUCGAGAGCGAGCUUGGGUUUAUCACGUGCGCGCGAGUGGUGUCCUUUCAUCGUUACCUGUGUUGGUGCGGCGCGCAGCAGCAGCAGUCUGCCGUGGCGGAGGGCGUCGACGCGAACUCGAUCGGUCGCGCGAAAGGCGGCAGGGGUGCAACCACCCUCGAGGGGUUGGCUGUGAGACGGGGUACGGCGCGCAAUGAUAAUAGUAGUUUGUGUUGCUGCAUGUGCGGUUCUCUAUGCCCCGCAGAGUGCCAUGCGUGCUUCCACAUUGUGUGCUCGGACUACAGCGGCCAGCACCUGUGCCAAUGGACUGCCAAGGGUCACGCGUUACCGAACCAGGUUCACAACGAGAACAAGCCCGUCAGUGAGUGGACGUCACUGAACGUAGUUGAAUGGAUGUCAGCCCUAAAUCUGUACCGCUAUGCGGACGUCUUCAAGUCGAAGGACAUCAAAGGCAGCGACCUGCUACAUUUGGAUCGGGAAAAGCUCAUGAAUAUGGGUAUAAAAGAUGAAUUCCAUCAGAAGAACAUUUUGGUGUGCAUCGAGGAACUCUGCCAACCAUCGCCCCCGCCCCUGGUGUCGACGGACACGGUGGAUCCGGCGAAUCCGGCGAUCAGCGCGACGACACCGACGUCCACCGUGGAAUCGGACCGUCCCCUCGAAGUCAGCUGUCCGGGCGGUAACGUGACCAGCAACGCGCACAAUCUCGUGCCGCACAGCUUCAGCGUGUUGGAGAAGUGCGGCAAAUGCCAUAAAUACCUCAGGGGCCUCUUACACCAGGGCUUUCUCUGUCAAGAUUGCGGGCUGAUCGCACACAGGACGUGUUCAGUGACGGGUUUGCCUUCCAAUUGCAUAUCGGCCGGCACGGACAAUCGUAUCAACACUUCAGUGUUCGGCCUCGCGCUGUGCUCGCAAUUCGACGUGGCCACCCGCGGGGCGCCCAUCCUGGUGGAGCGGUGUACCCGCGCCCUCGAGGAGCGCGCGUUCGCCGACACGACGCUGGACCUCUACAAAAUCUAUCACAGCAGCCCGCCUAACGAGCAGACCCUCGAGCUGCGACAAAAGCUGAACGAAGAUGUAUGCAACGCGGAUUUAAAUCCGUACAGCCCGCAGUGCGUCGCGAGCGUCCUGAAGAAGUUCCUACGAGAAUUGCCGGACCCGGUGAUCCCCGUGCAAUGGUACGACAAGUUUCUGGAGGCGUCAAGUAUGAGAAGCGACGAGCAAUGCGCGUCGCGUCUCAAUCAAUUGGUAGCGGAGCUACCGGUGCAUCAUCGUAGCACAUUGUGCCAUUUUAUGGCGCACUUUUGUCGCAUCUGCCAGCUGCAGCACGCAAGGGGCUACACGGAACUGCCGACCAUCCUCGUGCAAGUGCUCUGUCACAUAUUUCUCAGGCCGCCCUGGGAGCGAAUCAUCCAAGUGGUCCACAACACGGAGGCACACAUACGCAUAAUGGAGCUGCUGUUGCUGCACGGCGAUUGGAACGAGAAACUGCCGGAGUUUGCCAGCCCGCCUCAGUUGCCGCCGCGUAAAGUUUCGAGACCGCAGUUCCCAAUUUUGGACCCAUUCCCGGCACCCAUUCUCGACGACGAGGCUGUCGACAGAACGGCAUCUGGCGCGGAUAUCGGCAAGGACCAACAAUCGCACAGGCCGCGCACGCUUCAGGACGCCGAGUGGUACUGGGGCGACAUUACGAGGGACGAGGUGAACGAGAUGAUGAUCGACUCGCCCGACGGCACCUUCCUGGUACGCAACGCGUCUUCCAAGGGCGGCGAGUACACCCUGACGCUGCGCAAGGGCGGCACCAAUAAGCUCAUCAAGAUCUGCCACCGGAACGGGAAGUACGGAUUCUCGGACCCUUACAAUUUCCACUCGGUCAUCGAGUUGGUCGACUAUUAUAGGAACUGCUCGCUCGCGCAGUACAACUCCGUGCUGGACAUCAGACUGCUUUACCCAGUGUCGCGAUUUCAGCAGGAUGACGAGAUCGCGAACACGACCGACAUGGCGAAGGUCUGGCAGAAAUGCAUAGACCUAGAGAAGGACAUAACUGAGACGAUUCGACAGUACCAGCACUGCUUGGAUCUAUACAGCAAGACGGCCUACGAGGUUCAGCUGAAACGUCAGUCGCUAGAGGCCUUCGCGGAGGCCAUCAAGAUGUUCGAGGAACAGAUGAAGCUGCAGGAGAAGUUCCAGAAGGAAGCCCAGCCGCACGAGAUUUCUACCCUGAUGAACAACGCGGAACUGCUGAAGGGCAGAUUAAAGGCCUUGGAGGACAGCAAGGAUCAGCUGGAUGAGAAUCUGAAGCAACAGAUUGCCUACUACAGGACCCUCGAGAGGGAAAUGUGCAAGCUGAAAUCGGAGAUCGGCCAGCUCGUACGGCAGAAGGAUCGCCACUCCGUGUGGCUGAAGAAAAACGGGAUAAAGCAGAACAAGGUCGACUUUGCGUUCCACUCCGACGAGAAGACGUGGCUCUUCCUGCAAGGCUCGCGCACCGACGCCGAUCACUUUUUGAAGGGCCAGCCAGACGGCACCUUCCUCGUUCGUCGCUCGAGGACAGGCCAGUACGCGCUUUCCAUCGUGUGCAACGGCAUGGUGCAGCACUGCAUAAUAUACGCGACCGAGCGCGGCUUCGGCUUCGCCGAGCCCUACAACAUCCACGAGAGCUUGAGCCACUUGGUGCUGCACUACGCGCAGAACUCUCUGGAGGAGCACAACGAGUCGUUGACCACCACCCUGGCCUACCCCGCGUUCGCACCUCCCGCGGCGUUCGCGCAGUUGCAGGCCCAGCAGAAGCAGCUGCAGAUCUACGCCCAGAAUCAGUCAUCGUUCACGCGACCAGCCUACGAGAACCAGCCGAUCAUGCCGCACACGUAAUACCGGCGCGCCGAGCGCCGCGAUCCGGAUGCGAUUGAGUCCGAGUACGUAUACGCGCGCGUUCAGACGUGAAUCCAUGCAUGCUGCUGCUGCUUACGUAUAUAAUUCUCGACGCGACACGGUUGGAGCGAGCGAGCGAGCUUGACGAUCGCUCCGUGACGAAACGCCGUGGUCGUCGGACAACAUUGCCCAACGCAAUCGCAAUCGAAACAAUAAUUGUGUAUUACUAUCAGAGGACAAAAAACACCAUCGCGCUGUCGAGUCACGUGCGAUCGAGAGCGCCGAUCGCACCUGAUCAUCGCCGAGCGAUAGAUAGAGCCCGCGAGAUCUCCGAGAAACGCUUCAACGAAACAUUUGAUAGCCGUACGAUAGUAAUCGUAAGAGGUACUAGCGGUAGUAUUAGGUGUACGCGCGACGCGCUAGCGAGUCGCUUCAACUAACGUAAAGGGGUUCCCAAAUGCAGAAGCAGGAAGCCUCCCCCUCGAGUGUCGGAUUGGACGCGCAAUAACGAAUCCCGAAAAGUAAUCGCAGGAAGAUCAGAACCGCGCGCUCUUACGUCGCCACCCGCUCAUGAGUUUGACUAAACCUACUCGGAUCUGGAGUUUGACUCGGCUGAAUUGACUCGUUUUGUGACAAAUGAUGAUCGGGGGGUGAGAAAUAGCACGCGUGGUUAUUUAUUAUGCACUCGCGCUUCCCAGUCUCGACAUUAUUAUUAUGAUGCUUGAGGGAGGGAGACGCGAAGAAGAUGCGAAAUUUGGGAACCUCUGGAUUAAUAGGACCAACAACACCAACGACGGAUAUCACCCCGGACGCUCCCUCAGGGUUCACGCAACACGGAAGGUCUUGUCGAAUGUCCGGCGUCGAAACUACAGCGGCACGAUCUCGCUUGCCGCCGUUUGCUUUCGUUCUCCAGGAGGAUGCGUUUUUUUUUCAUCCUGACGCCUCGCGUCGUCGUCACGUAGAAUCGAUCCGCUUGGAAAGGUCGAGAUCGCCUCGUAAACGUCAGGGACAAAUUCCAAUUUAGGCAAUCAGGGUAGCCGUAUCUCGUACGAUCGUUUAAUCCUUGACGGCCUGAAUCUUUCUCAGAAAAUCUGCUCAAGUCAUGUUCUCAGGUAGUGAUCCGGUUCUUUGAAGCACGAUCGAUGAAGCACGAUAUUUAAUAUAAUAAUUAAAAUAUUCUGCAGAUUGUUUGAAAGUUUAAAACUCUUAAUUGUAAUUAUAAAGUAACGAGUGAAAACCACUAGAGUGUUCAUGCUGCUCCAAGUAGCGUCUAGUAUGUCAGUUCCUUCUUACGAAAUACAUUCGCAAGCAAUUGACAGACCACAAUUUUUCGUGCAAUAAGUUUACCUGAAUAAUCAUUAUAAUUAGAACUUCCUCGUUAUUCUUCUAAUAAAACUUCAAUUCGAAGUGCAAUUAAUAUAAAUUCACUGCUGCAUGAAUCAAAGUUCCUAAAAUUUUUAACGCAACCGCACAGGAUGUUUCAGGCUCUUAGGGAUUAAAUUUUAAUAAAAUAAAAAUUGUGUAGCAUAUUGCUUACUCGUUGCUCGAAAUUUUCAAGCGCUUCGAUGUUUCCGAUGCGCGCGAACGUCGCUCGCAAGUUUGAUGGAGAUUCGGUGUUAAAGAACGCACGCUGCGCGUUCGCAUUGACGACGGCGUCACUCCUUUAACGAUACGUUGAAUUAAGCUAGUGAUACUAGAGUAUAGUUGAGCGGAGUUUGCGGAAAUCCACGUGGUGUCUUUACAUCGCAUCGUAGUAACGCUGGAGUUGCGAGAAUUCAACAGGCUUGCUUUCCCCGCCCCCCCCCCUCCAAAAAAAAAGAAAUCGAAGGACUAACCCUUUCGAAAUAUUGUCAUAAUAAUUAUUACAUAAUAAUUUUGUACGUGAAGAUUUAUAGAGAACUGGUUUACAAACUUUAUUCUUCUCUAAUUUGUAAACGCAUUUAUUUAUCGCGCUUUAUUCGAGCAAGAGUACCUCCCCCCAUACAUUGUCUACCGUAUACCGUAACGCACUCCAUGUCGGAUCGUAUUUCACGUCUCCCUGAGUCACUGGAAGAGUGGAUUCGCAUGACUCUCGAGGCCAAAUCUUCAGUUAAUAAUCGCAACGAUUUACCACACAUCUCCGUCGCCCAUUAUCGAUCGCGUUCCGCAGCAGAUCACGAGAAGGUUUCAUCGUAUAGUGUGGAGAGCUUUUUAUAUAUAUAUAUAAAUAUAUAUAUACAUACAUAUUAGAUUUCGGACAUCAAGAGCGAAUUUAUGAGAGAAGAAAAUGUAUAUAUAGUCUUCAUACGUGGUAUGUGUGUGUGUGCGCGCGCGCGCGCACACACGCAUACGCACACGCACACGCACGCACGCACGUAUAUAUAUAUAUAUAUGAGAGGAGAAUUGUCGCUUUUGCCCCUCAUUUCUCAUUUUGAUCCUUGUUUUCUUCCUUUUCCUCCCCUUUCCUCUUUCAUCGACUUCUUCUGAACACUUCACGUUCUUUUUUUCCGCCAGAAAUGCGACGCUUGCUCUCGUGAUGAACGCAUCUUCGGUCGAUCUUUCUUGCUGAUUGUCGUAGUUCCGAACGAUCUCAAAGGUAGCAACGAACGAGAAGAAAGAUCAGGACGCAACAAAAUUGAGAGACAAAGAAGUAACGGCAGCCACUGACGAGAAAUCAGUAUAGGAAUAAAGUGUAAGAGCC